GGGCAGGGGAGGAGGAAGGGGCUGAGAUGGGGCUCAUCAGCAACAGGGUAGAGAGAAGUGAGAUCAAGCCAGGAGACCACAUCUACACUUACAGAGCUGUCUUCACUUACUCUCACCAUGGUAUCUUUGUUGGGGGAAGCAAAGUGGUUCAUUUUACACCCCGUAACGCAAAUUCAAGCACUGAGGCCUCUUCUAACUCCUACGAGGAAAUAUACAACCUCCCGUCAUCCUGUCCCACUUUUCCCGACUGUGGAUUUAGGCAACCCGAAAGUGGGGUAGUACUGACCUGCCUGGAUUGCUUCCUUAAAAAUGGUUCUCUUUACUGCUUUGAAUAUGGAGUCACCCCAUCAGUUUUCCUUGCCAAAGUACGUGGCGGCACUUGCACCACUGCACCAUCUGAUCCACCCGAGACAGUCAUCCACCGAGCAAUGUACCUACUUCAAAACGGAUUUGGAAAUUACGAUGUUUUUCAGAACAACUGUGAGGAUUUUGCGAUGUACUGUAAAACGGGCGUUUUGAUAGUUGACACAGCGGGGGUUGGAAGAAGCGGGCAAGCCUCUUCUGUCAUCGGCGCUCCUUUGGCUGCACUUAUUUCUUCCCCGCUGAAGUUGCUAAUGCCAAGCCCCAUUGGUGUGGCUACAGUAACAGCUGGUAUGUAUUGCAUGAGUAGGUAUGCAACCGAUAUUGGUGUUCGUUCUGAUGUUAUCAAGGUAGCGGUGGAGGACCUGGCUGUGAACCUUGGUUGGGGGCCUGGUGGUGAGGAAGAAGUAGUGGAUGAUGGUGUUUCUGAGCAACAGAUUGCUAGGUGAUGUGAAUUACAUCGGUUUUAAUAUUGAAACCGUGUACAUAGCCUAGCCCUUAGCAUCAAUAAUAAGUAUGUAUUGACAUUAGUAAACUGCAUAUCCAUUUGGUAAUUUGUCCGUAUGACAGUUGUGUGUAGAAAGUUAGUUCAUGGACGUUGACAACAGUAUUUGCUUGAUUGUGAAUAAAUGAAGUUCUUGGCAUUCAUGAUUUGUUA